AUGGAAUUAAGCAUACUUAAGGUUGUAAGUAAGGCACUUUUCAAGAAAAAAACCGCUAAUUUAAGAGAGCGCAGUACCCAGCCCCUGGGUUAUGGCACGGCGGUCACCGGCCGGCCCCUCUCCCGGAGCGGUGAGGGGCGCGGGGGCGAGUCCGGUGACGACGAGAAGGGCGACUCCAAGGAAACGCGGCUCACCCUCAUGGAGGAGGUGCUGCUCCUGGGCCUCAAGGACCGUGAGGGUUACACAUCGUUCUGGAAUGAUUGCAUCUCCUCAGGGCUGCGUGGCUGUAUGUUAAUCGAAUUGGCAUUGCGAGGGCGUCUUCAGCUGGAGGCUUGUGGAAUGAGGCGCAAAAGUCUAUUAACAAGAAAGGUGAUUUGCAAGUCAGAUGCUCCUACAGGGGAUGUUCUGCUUGAUGAAGCUCUGAAACACAUAAAAGAGACCCAGCCUCCUGAAACAGUACAAAAUUGGAUUGAACUGCUUAGUGGUGAAACAUGGAACCCAUUGAAGUUGCACUACCAGCUACGAAAUGUCCGUGAACGGUUAGCUAAAAAUCUAGUGGAAAAAGGUGUACUGACAACAGAGAAACAGAACUUCCUUCUUUUUGACAUGACUACGCACCCUCUCACCAACAACAAUAUCAAACAGCGCCUCAUCAAGAAGGUUCAGGAAGCAGUUCUUGACAAAUGGGUGAAUGACCCUCACCGCAUGGACAAGCGCUUGCUGGCACUUGUUUAUUUAGCCCAUGCUUCAGAUGUUCUGGAGAACGCUUUUGCCCCCCUUUUGGAUGAGCAGUAUGAUUUAGCCACAAAGAGAGUGCGGCAGCUUCUGGAUUUAGACCCUGAGGUUGAAUGUAUGAAAGCCAACACAAAUGAGGUUCUGUGGGCUGUUGUAGCAGCUUUCACAAAAUAACUGCAUUCAGACUGAAGUGUUCUCUCUUCUUUCAUGUAAACCAGUUGUUUCUCUUCUAUUGACUAUUCAUGUUUUCUGUAAUUUGUACCUUCUCACAUGAUGAAUCGACUCUUGUUUAAUGGGAAUUUUAAGUGGUGUAUUCCCUCCUUCUCUGUGUAUCUGUAUACAGGAUUCUGCUGGUACAAGAGACCUUCCUGUUCAAAAACAACAGAAAAAGGUUUUACUGCCAUAUUGGCAUUCCAUUUCCUAUUCAGUUUGAGUUAUCUGAAAUACUUUGUUUAAUCUAUUUUUCAUCUUAUUGUUAUUGAAGUGGUUUAACAUGGAAAGCACCUCAAGGAGGAAAUGUGCAUGCAGUUGGACCACUAGUCUCAGCUGACACAGAUGUGUGCAUGCAUCAAUACUUCUGCAGUACAAUUCAUAACAGAUUAAAAAGGGCCUUUUUAAAUCACCAAAGCUCCAUGUUGAAGUGUCUGUCAGGACAUUUUAUACACAGAUGUUGUUUCAAUUAUAUCUGACAAAAUUACUUUAAAAGCAGAAACGCCAUUAAGCAGCUUUGUCAGUAGUUCCUGUAAAAUGCCCAUAAAUUUUGCUUUUCAUGCAAGUGUCUUGUGUACUUAUAUUUUCAUUAGAACGAUAGCUGAGUCAUAAGGCUAGUAUAGAAAGGUCCAAUUGUUUCAUAAACCGGUUUUGGGAUGGGAUACAUUCCAUUAUAUUGUAUAUAUAGUUCAAAUUGUAUAUUAACAACUGCCCCAUCUUAGUAUUUUGCAAGAUCUACUUAGUUGUACACCUGGUGCCCCUUAUUUGCUGUCAGGCAUUGCCAUUCGAUGGAAAGAAAGGCCUCCUGUAAAGAGCAUGUAUGUGAAAACUGUUUGUUUCCAGUGUCUACAGAGUUUGCCAUCCAGGUAUUCUCAGUCUAUGCAUUGCCUUUGAUAAUUAGUGUACAGAAAGAGACCACUUUCUAUCAUUGUUUGUACUUCCCAUCCCCACCCCCCCGUAUGGAAGAGGCUUGUGACCAGUACAAUUCUUGAGUGCAGUUUUCAAUUUUGUACACAAAUUAAUGUUUGUCUCUUAAACCUCAUAAUCUAUUUUACACUUUAAAAACAAAAAGUCAGUCCUAGCAGGUGUUGCAUGUAAAUGAUUAGCAAGUAAUGACUGCAGUUCAGAUGAUUAAGAUAUCUGUAAUGGGACGCUCUGCUAUACUUUAAUUUUUUAUAUACAGUUACGCUGAUUAGCACACUAUUGUAAAAAAAAAUAUAUAAAACUUUGGCUUUUUAAAAUUUAUUGCCUCUUUGCCACUGCUUGUUAUCUCCCAUCGUUUUCACAGUGUAAAUAUUAUGCAUUGAAAAAAUUAAGCAUUGAUUUUAUAUUUUUUUUUUCCCCUCAUAACAAUGCAGACUUAUAGUGGGGCUUACAGGUGUUUAGAAACUUUUUUGGUUAAUACUCAGAGCAAGAAUACUAGAUGGUGUAUAACUGUAGAGUUGAAAUUUAAGGGAUCCCUUAAUCUGUAUACUAGCUUUUUACCUACAGUAAAUAAACUAUGAUCUUGAAAGUGCCUGAAACAGAGCAAGCAUGUCAUUUUUAUUUUUUGUUGCUAAUUAGAAAGGUUUUAUUGCUUAACUGAAAGCUUUAGUUAAUAUCCUUCUUAUUAGAAAGGGAGAGUUUAUAUUAAGUAGAUCAAACUGACCUAAUCAGCGGUGUCGCUCAGAUCUGCAGGAUUCAUGGCUGAGACAGACUGACUGAGCUUGUGAGUGUGCAGUUGUGCCUGCCAUGGGUAGACCUCUUCUAUCUUGAGCAGAACUCUACAGCCUCAUCUGUGACUGGACUUCCAAUUUUGCACUUCAUUUUCAAUCAUUUAGAUGCUUAAGUAGACGACUUUGAAAGACAACUUAAAUUCAUCAUACCUAUAUAACCUUUUUUUAAUAAAGGUUUUUAAAAUAUGUUCCUUAACAUUUAAUGGCACACUGUUCUUUCAGUUCUUAAAUGCUGUUUCUUUAGAAAAAUGAAAUUAAAAGUAUAUUGUAAAAUUUCAAACUCUGGUUUACAAAUAAAAAGACAAACAGUGUUCUCUCAGUUGUAAGAUGCUGUGUUUAAAACUUUGAGGAGCUUGGGCAUGAACUUCGGACAUUCUUUUAAACAUUUCAAAACGUGAUUGCUUUAAGUGGAGGAAAAAUGAAAGUUGCUGUGUUGCUCUUACAUUUGGCAGCUUAUAGAAUACUUUCUGUACUUGAUACUAUAUGCUAACUCACUGCUUUCAUUGUCUCUCUCUCUCCUGUGAUCUGUUUCCUCAUUUUCUGUUGCUCUUUGAGAGGAGAGAAAAGUAAUUAGGUGGAAAGGUCAGAAAAACAGUGGAGUAUUCAGGAGCAAGUUAAGUGCACAAAACUUUUAAAAUGGCUUUGAAAAUCUAAGCUACUUGAAACAUGCUUCAGACUGAAAGUAUCUUUCAUAGUCCCUUUUCUGUCCUCUCGUUUUCAUUCUGUGAGUAUUCUCCAUGUUCCUGCUGGUUUCAUGUUAGGUUGUGGAGGAUAUUGGGGUUUUGUCACCCUUACAGCCAACAUGGUUUAAAAGAAGUCACCCUUUAAUCCCCCCCAGAAAGAGGAUUUGGGUUUUUUAUUUCUUUCACAUAGAAGAUAACUGCCUACAGUAUUUAUCAGCUUUAUUUUGCUUAAAGAUAGAACCUCUGCCUGAGAUGGGGAUAGUUUGUACUGGGUAUAUCAAAGAACUUUGAUGUAAGUAAUAAAGGUUUUGUGAAGAGCAACAGUGUCUUUUGUUAGACCACCUGGUAUAAGCCCAAAGGUGCAGGGGAAAUAGAUGAGCUUUUGGAGUCUUGAGUCCUAUGUUGUGCUUUAAAAAACCCAAAGCCUCACGAGUGCUACCAGACCUUAUGUCUAACAAGGAAGGUAAGUUUGGUAGGUUAGCAGGGGAUGAUUCAGCUAACAUCCUUGCCUUCAUUGCUAUUUCAGGUUCUAAUAAGAUGGCUAAGCAUGGCAGACUGCUUUGUUCUACUGAGAUUCAGGUACCCUUCUUCCUAUUAGCUGCUACUGCAGCUCACAGAGACCUGGUUUUAAGACAGUUUUGUCUGCUCCGAGUCCUCAGCUCUCAAUGGCUGCUUAAAGUGAAGACUGCUAUCCAUAGCCUGAACUCGAACAUGUGCCUCAAGGAAGAAUAUGUAUUAUUCAGGGACACAUUCUUUUAAAACAAACUUUGAAGUUAAUGUCAAAAACAGGAUUUUGAAAGUUAAAUCCCCAAGCAGUAUGUGUGUGUGUAUGUAUAUAUAUAUGUAGUUUUACAGUCCUUGAGAUUUACAUCCUCCUGUGUUUCUGGAGAUGAUGUUACAGUGCUCCUAUAUGGGAUGCUAGUGAAACCUGUGUGCCAUACAUGAUGCUUUUGAGGCAAAAGUUGCAUAAAUUGACUAUAAAAGGCUGGUGACUGAGUGCUCAUGUUCAUGCCCAUUUCUCCUACAAAGUGAAGAUAUGUAUUAACUAAUGUGUUCUCUGUGAACUGGACUGAAUCUGUACUGAAACAAAAUAAAGCACCCUUCCAAGCUA